AUGGCUGCCACGAAAAGGCUGGAGGAGAGCUUCCAGAAGACCCAUGAGAGGCUUGAAGACAGACAGAAACAAGUGGAUUUGCUGCAAAACAAGGCAGCUGCGGUCAGUAGUAGCGCUGACAGAGCCCUGGAUAAGACGGACACAGUUUUCAAGUUGAUCUCUGGUCUGUUGGAGAAAACCAAGGCAGAAGCAAAGCAACGCAUCAGAUCUCAGCAGGAGGUGGAGGAGCAUAGACUCAAAGAACUCCAGGACAAAGUGCAAGAGGAGGUCAAGGCGCUGAAGACCAAGUACGACUAUCUGGAGAAGCUCUCACAGUCUCCCAGUGGAUCCAUUCCCACUUUUCCAUUUUUGUCUGAAGCCGAGGAAGCUCCUGGGGUUUCUACCGGUGAAGAAACACCCCCAAGGUUCUUAAAUGUGGUUCGAAAUGCAGUAGCUGUGUUCAAGAACGAGCUGGAGGUUGCUUCUGGGAUGAACGCUCGGAAUGGGGCUGAGGACCAAGAAGAGGACGCCUGGACCAUGUGCUCUGCCUGCUCCUUUGUGCGUACGUAUGUGCAGGUGGUGCAGGAGCAGAUGCAGGCCAUGACUAACGACUCCUGGCUCAACCCUCAGAGUGCGGGGACGUACAGGGAGGAGCUGCUGUCCUAUUCCCGGAGCGUCACCCUGGAUCCAAACACAGCCCACUCUCGGCUGUCUGUGAGCGUGGACCUCAACAUGGUGCGCUUCCUGAUGCCACAGCAGCAGGCGCGGCACCCAGACCGCUUCACCCACUACACCCAGGUUCUGACCAAAGAGGUGCUGACGGGCCGCUGCUACGUGGAGAUAGAGGUCAUAAGUAAGGAAUGCUUUACUGUUGCUGUGGUCAACAAGGACAUCAGUAGAAAAGGAGCGUCUGAUGAGUGCAGCUUGGGCAGAAACGCAAACUCGUGGGCAGUGGAUUGCUCGAAGGAUGACUAUAUUUUUCGACACAAACAGACCAGUCAGUUUAUUACUGCCAGACGCUCGGACACAGUGGGGAUCUACGUGGACGUGGAGGUUGGAUUCUUGGCCUUCUACAGCGUGGGCCCAGAAGUCUCUCUGAUCCACAGCGUUUACACCAGAUUCACUCAGCCGCUGCUGGCUGGGAUCUGGCUGAAGGGCACUGCUGACUAUGCAAAGAUCUGCAGCAGCCGGGACACUCCAGAAACUGUCUAUAGGAGCCCACUAGGAAAGGCGCUCUACAAAUAA